AUGACUCGUUGGAGCCUCUCCUCGCUGCUUUCCGCCACCCUCCACUCGAUUCCGCCUCCCAUCACUCGUUUGCGCCGCAAACCACUCGUUUUCGCCUCCCAUCACUCGUUUUCGCCUCCCAUCACUCGUUUUCGCCUCCCAUCACUCGUUUUCGCCUCCCGUCAUUCGUUUUCGCCUCCCCGCCUCCCUACACUCGUGUCCGCCUCCCUACACUCAUGUCCGCCUCCCUUCACUCGUUUCCGCCACCCAUCACUCAUUGAGGCCUCCCUUCACUCAUUUCCGCAUCCCUUCACUCAGUACCGCCUCCCUUCACUCUAUUCCGCCUCCCUUCACUCAAUUCCGCCUCCCUUCACUCAUUUCCGCCUCCCUUCACUCGUUUCCGCCUCCCAUCACUCGUUUCCGCCUCCUUUCACUCAAUUCCGCCUCCCUUCACUCAUUGCCGCCUCCCUUCACUCAUUUCCGCCUCCCUUCACUCAUUUCCGCCUCCCUUCACUCAUUUCCGCCUCCCUUCACUCAUUUCCGCCUCCCUUCACUCAUUUCCGCCUCCCUUCACUCAUUUCCGCCUCCCUUCACUCAUUUCCGCCUCCCUUCACUCAUUUCCGCCUCCCUUCACUCAUUUCCGCCUCCCUUCACUCAUUUCCGCCUCCCUUCACUCAUUUCCGCCUCCCUUCACUCAUUAUCGCCUCCCUUCGGUCGCUUGCGCAUCCCAUCACUCGUAUCCGCCCCCCUUCACUCAAUUCCGCCACUCAUCGCAAGCAACCCUCUCUCAACCACCCCAGUCGAGAUGGUCUGCCUUACUCCCCUCUCCACCCUUACCCCUCUCUGCCUUACUCCCCUCUCCACCCUUACCCCUCUCUGCCUUACUCCCCUCUCCACCCUUACCCCUCUCUGCCUUACUCCCCUCUCCACCCUUACCCCUCUCUGCCUUACUCCCUUCUCUACCCUUACCCCUCUCGUGCUUAUUUCCUUCUCUACCCUUUCCCCUCUCGUGCUUACUCCCCUCUCCACCCUUACCCCUCUCUGCAUUACUCCCUUCUCUACCCUUUCCCCUCUCGUGCUCACUUUCCUUCUCAACCCCCUCUCCCCUCUCGUGCUUACUUCCUUCUCUACCCUUUCCCCUAUCUGCAUUACUCCCAGGAAUUUCCUUUCGGUGUUUCUGUGCCUCUCUUUAUCCCCCCUUUCGCUCCCUCCCGCCCCUCUUUCCCAAGAAAACUACAGCAUAUUGCACGUAGACACUUGUAUCAGCAGUCUUCAUAA